AUGCGGACUAUGCUGGUGAUCAUGAAACUCGUCGAUCAACUACCUUCUGACUUAAUUCAGUCUUUUCUCUCCCUAUGGUCUCGCUGCUACCGCGCAACUGAACUAUCCUUAUCAGUCUCGUGGCUCUGCACCUCUCCUCUACAGCCGCUAACGCUCCCGGUUGACUCCUGCUGGACAAUUUCGAGUACAAUCCAAGUUCCCGCUAAAAAAAUGUUGAGUUUACGACACAGAUGUCAAAUAUCUACGAGCAGCCUCGUCUUCUUAUUUUAUUUAGAAAAUAGAAAAAAAGGAAAAGAAAUAAGUGAAUAG